AUGGGUGCUUUCCAGAGAUUUGCCAAAGAAAAGAACUACUCAGACAGAAUUCAAGCCAUUUCUCUUGGACAAGGUCAGGGUCCAGUCGCAGAAACACUUAUAAGUGAAGCCAUAAAAUCAGGAGACUGGGUUUUCUUACAAAAUUGCCAUCUUGCAGCAUCCUGGAUGCUCUCCAUGGAGGAAAUUGUGAAGAACCUUGCAGAAAAACCUCAGGAUAUCCAUGCAGACUUCCGUCUUUUUCUCAGUUCCAUGCCUGCUAAACAUUUUCCAAUCAGCCUUUUUACUUUCUUUUCCUCUUUUUGCUUUCUUUUAUUUUUAUUUCCCCCUUUUUCUCUUUCAUUUCUUUUUCCUUUCUUUUAUUGUUUCUUUCUUUUAGUCAUUUUUUUUCUUUUAACUUUCUCUUAUCUUUUUUCUUUUUAUUUCAUUAUUUCCUCCUCUCUUUUUUGUUUCUGUUAUUUAUUUUUCAUUUGUCUUUUUUCUUUUAUUCUUUGUCUUUCUUUUUUCUUCUUAUCUUUUACUUUUUCUGUUUCAUUUUCCUUACUUUCUUUCUUUUUUCUUUUAAUUUCUUUUAUGCCUAUUGUUUUCAUCUUUUUUUUUCUUUUUCUUUCCUUUUCUCUUUUCUUUCAAUCCUAUUUCUUCCAUAUUCUUAUAUCUUUUUUCUUUCCACUCUCUUUCCUCUGUUCUCCUUCUUGCUUUUUACUUUUACUUCUCCUUUCCUUUUUUUCAUUUUCUUUCCUCUUUUUUUUUUUUUCAAUUUUCUUAUUUAAACUUUCCUUUUUCUAUUUUUCUUUCCUUCCUUCUUUUUCACAUCUCUUUUUAAAAAAUUUUUUCUUGAAUUUCAUUCAUUCUAUAUAUUUUUCUUUCAUAUCCCUUCCCCCUUACUUUUUAUCUUCACUAUUCUUUCCCCUCGUCUCUUUUGAAAAAGAAAAAGCAACAAUGUCUUCUCUAAGAGAUCCCAUUCCACUUUCUAUAGCCCCAAACCCUGGUUCUUAG